CGAACGAAUCGCUCGUGAACGUCACGUCACGUCACUACAAGCCAUUUGUGUUCAGCAUUUCCACAGGAGCUAGCUAGCAGAUUUGGAUUAUGAAGCGCUCUCUAGAUAAUUCACGUUCGCGUCCCCAGUCUCAGCUGGACGUCGGUAUACUAAACUGCAAAACCCGGCUCACAACAUUGACGGUCAGCAGCAGUAACCGCCUGGGUGGCAAGAAGAACAUGGCAGAUGAUCGUCGAAGAGAAGACGAAGAUGACCGGAGUCCUGGAUUACAGCACCAGAUGUUUCUGAUUAUGGAGGACUUCUUAGAUAGAUUAAAACUGUUGGAUUAUGAAGAACAAGUCCUUGUGAAGCACAACAUGAAACCUCUAUCCAGGCAUUAUUUUGUAGCAAGUUCAUACACGCAAAGUAACCCUGGAGAACAGUUCUACAUGUUCAGCGUCAUCGCAGCUUGGCUCAUAACACUGUGUGGCCGGUCAUUCGAAACCCCACAAGAAUAUGAUGACCCCAAUGCGAUUGUCUCAAACAUCCUUACGCACCUCAGGGCACUGGGUGGGCUGGUUGAAUUUCCUCCUUCAAAGCUGAAGUCUGGUUCAGGGGAACAUGUGUGCUACGUCUUGGACCGCCUGGCAGAGGAAGCCCUGAAUUGUAGACAGUUUGUCUGGAAGAGGCCUCUCUACCCCUCAGAGCAGUUGGAGGAGGAGUCUGUGCUGGAGGAUGAUGCCGAGCUCACGCUCAGCAAAGUGGAGGACUUGACUGAGGAGGCUGCCGAGUUUGAAGACGUUAUUGAUCUGGAGGAACUGAAGUCCAGAACUAGUCAGAGUGAGGAGAGAGGGCAGGGACCAGAGAUGAUCCUGGAGUCAGUGACCGAUUCUGCAGAAUGGAAUUUGGAGAUAGAGAGGGUUCUGCCCCAACUCAAAGUCUCUGUCCGCACAGAUAUUAAGGAUUGGCGGUGCCAUGUGAGCCAAAUGCGUCAACACCAAGAUGGCAUCAAAAGCUCUUUGAAAGAGGCCAAGGCAUAUCUAGAUAAACUGCUGGAAGAGAUCAGUAAGACUCAAGAGAAAGUGAGCAGCAGAGAGAAGUACAUCAACACACAGCUAGAACACCUAAUCACAGACUACAGGAAUGCACAAUCAAAAUUCUGUGAGGUCAAGGAGCUGCAUCAGCAGGCCAGUAGAGGAGUGACUGAGAGAACUAGAACUAUAGCAGAGAUCAAUGAGGAGCUUGAGAAAGUGAAGCAGGAGAUGGAUGAGAAGGGCAGCAGCAUGUCAGACGGAGUUCCAGUAGUAAAGAUCCGGCAGAGUCUGACUAAGUUAAAGCAGGAGAUCCAGGAGAUGGAUGUGCGCAUGGGGGUUGUGGAACAAACACUGUUGCAGGCCAAACUCAAGGAAAAGAGCAACAUGACCAGAGACAUGCAUGCCACACACAUCACAGAGAUUACUACACACACCUACUCAUAACCACACACAGAAUACACACAAUACAGUGAAGGGAAAAAUUAUUUGAUCCCCUGAUGAUUUUGUACGUUUGCCCACUGACAAAGAAAUGAUGAGUCUGUAAUUUUAAUGGUAGGUUUAUCUGAACAGUGAGAGACAGAACAACAACAAAAAAAUCCAGAAAAACACAUUUCAAAAAAAUUAUACAUUGAUUUGCAUUUUAUUGAGUGAAAUAAGUAUUUGACCCCUUUGCAAAACAUGACUUAGUACUUGGUGGCAAACCCUUUUUGGCAAUCACCGACGUCAGACAUUUCUUGUAGUUGGCCACCAGGUUUGCAGACAUCUCACAUCUCAAGGAAUUUGGGCCCACUCCUCUUUGCAGAUCCUCUCCAAGUCAUUAAGGUUUUGUGGCUGACCCUUCAGCUCCCUCCACAGAUUUUCUAUGGGUUAGGGUUAGUGAUUAAGGUCUGGAGACUGGCUAGGCCACUACAGGACCUUAAUGUGCUUCUUUUUGAACCACUCCUUUGUUGCCUUGGCCAUGUGUUUUGGGUCAUUGUCAGGAGGUUCUCAUCCUAGAUUUAGCGGUAUAUGGCCCCGUCCAUCGUCCCUUUGAGGCGGUGCAGUUGUCCUGUCACCUGGGGAUGGUGUACUUGGGGUCAUAGGCAGCAUUACUCCUCCUCCAAACACGGCGAGUUGAGUUGAUGCCAAAGAGCUGGAUUUUGGUCUCAUUUGACCACAACACUUUCACCCAGUUCUCCUCUGAAUCAUUCAGAUGUUCACUGGCAAACUUCAGAUGAGCCUGUACAUGUGCUUUCUUUAGCAGGGGGACCUUGCGGGUGCUACUGGAUUUCAGUCUUUCACGGCGUAGUGUGUUACCAGUUGUUUUCUUGGUGACUAUGGUCCCAGCUGCCUUGAGAUCAUUGACAAAAUCCUCCAGUGUAAUUCUGGGCUGAUUCCUUGCCGUUCUCAUGAUCAUUGAAACUCCAUGAAGUGAGAUCUUGCAUGGAGCCCCAGACCGAGGAAGAUUGACAGUCCUUUUGUGGAAGUUUGGAAUCUGAUUGGUUGCUUCCUUCUGUGGACAGGUGUCUUUCAUACAGUUAAGGAGCUGAGAUUAAGAGCACUCCCCGAGAGUGCUCCUACUGUAAUCUCAGCUCCUUACCUGUAUAAAAGACACCUGGGAGCCAGAAAUCUUUCUGACUGAUAGGGAAUCGAAUACUUAUUUCACUCAUUAAAAUGCAAAUCAAUGUAGAACUUUUCUGAAAUGCGCUUUUCUGGAUUUUUUUGUUGUUAUUCUGUCUCUCACUGUAAUUUUAAUGGUAGGUGUAUUUGAACAGACUGAUCAUUUCUUUGUCAGUGGACAAACGUACAAAAUCAGCAGGGGAUCAAAUCAUUUUUUCCCUCACUGUACAUGGUAACAUAUAGUAAUAUUACAAAAGGACCCCUACCAACUGUAAAAUAUAUUGAAUAUUUGUUGUUUUGGUGAUUCUGAAGUGUUUUGCAGGGAAAACAAUUAUUACUUUUAUGCUUUCGACAAGUCCAGUAUCAGUUGGCUUCUGGAGAACCUUCAGAAUGUUAUCCUGACCAUAAUUCACUUAAUGUAAACAAAUAAUGACAUAAUAAAAUAUGGUAUCAGAAAAAAAUGAUUGAUAUUUCUGUAUGAUCGAAACAAUGAUUCACAUGCUCACUAGCUGUUAUCAUCUAUAUCACAAACAGACAAUUUUGCAAAAACAGACAUUUGUAACAAUCUGGGGUUAACUGUAACAUUAUGAACAUUAUUAUCACUUCUCAAAACACUUUCAAAAAUGUGUGUGAUACAUUUGAACAUCAUAAGCCUGAGCAAAAUAUGCAAAUAUGCACCAAUCCAAACAUUUAUGUGUAUUUGUUAAAGUUUGCUGAAUUAAUCAAUGUGAAAGUUUGGGGCGAAAAAAGGUCA